GUUUGGCGACGUGUACCCGGCGGUGCCCGGUGACUGGAAGUGUUCGGGUAUCUCACCUUUACGGGACAACAAACUGCCGUUAAAACCCAAAAAGCCUUAGAAGAGCGAAGCCAUGGGAGGCGCGCAGAGUGUGGAGAUCCCGGGAGGAGGCUCCGAGGGCUACCACGUCCUCCGGGUUCAGGAGAAUUCGCCUGGACACCGCGCAGGACUGGAGCCUUUCUUUGACUUUAUCGUCUCCAUCAACAACACCAGACUGAACAAGGACAAUGACACCUUGAAAGACUUGCUCAAAGCCAGUGUGGAGAAACCAGUUAAGAUGCUGGUUUAUUCCUCAAAGACCCUGGAGCUGCGAGAGUCCACCGUCACACCCAGCAACCUGUGGGGAGGACAGGGCUUGCUCGGCGUCUCCAUUCGUUUCUGCAGCUUUGAAGGAGCCAAUGAAAACGUUUGGCAUGUGCUGGAAGUGGAGCCUAAUUCCCCAGCAGCUCUCGCCGGCUUGCGGCCGCACACAGACUACAUCAUCGGAGCCGACACUGUCAUGAAUGAGUCAGAGGACCUGUUCUCUCUGAUAGAGAGCCACGAGGGGAAGGGACUGAAGCUCUACGUGUACAACACAGACACAGAUAACUGCAGAGAAGUGAUCAUCACACCCAACAGUGCCUGGGGAGGAGAGGGCAGUCUUGGAUGUGGGAUCGGUUAUGGAUACCUCCACAGGAUUCCCACCAGGCCUUUUGAAGAGGGCAAGAAGAUCAGCUUCCCUGGAAACUCUCCCAGUGAGCCCAUCAGUCCGCUGAAGGAUGGAUUCACUGAGGUCCAGCUCUCAGCAGUGACCCCUCCUUCUACUGCACCUGCUGUCCCCCCCGGCCUCGAGGAUUCGCUGUCAGGCCUGUCGAUCAGCACAGCCGCGCCCACCAUGCCCAGUGAGCUGCAGACAGGUUUGCCCACGGUCCCUCUGCUCCCCUCCUCCACCAGCCCCGCCCUCAGCCCCCUCACUCCGCUCAAUCCUGCCACCACCGGCUUCAACCCCGCCACCACGCUACCAGGUCUGAUGCCCCUCCCAGGUGGCUUACCUCCGCUCCCUAACUUGCCCAACCUCAACCUGCCACUCCCGGAUCUCAGCGCCGUGUCACUAGCAGGCACCUUACCACCAGUCGGAUCUACAGUCCCGCCUCUCGCCACAUUCCCUAAGAUCAGUCCCGGUCUGACCCCCUUCGCCCCGCUCCCCACCAUGCUGCCCUCCCAGCUGCCUCCUCUCCUCCCUCAGGGAGUCCUCCCCCUCCUGCCCACCUCCGCCGCCGCUCCUCAAGCCUCGGUCACGGUCACGGCGGCGCCUGCGACCGAGCCCGCCGCUCCCGCCGAGCCCCCGGCCCCCACAGAAGCGGCCCCCACGAACGCCACGGAAUCACCGGCCCCCACGGAAACAACACCAACGUCGUAACGUGGGAAAAUCCCGCCUGCCGUCAAAACCAAAAACACACACCCGGUUUCUCUCUUUACUUCCCGUCUGUCUUUCUCUGUGUUUUUCUAUUUAUUUGGCGUCGAGGGACGGGCAGACACCAGGUCACACGCGCAGGUCGGCCGUGCUCCAGGGGACGGCGAGGAGGCUCGUGUGGAGCGAUGAAGGAUGAAAGGAUAUGAAGAACGGAGGACUCAGCGACGCGUCUGUCCCAGCCGCUGCGAGGACGACGAGUGCUGCUCUUCAGUUCGUAGUUUGCUUCGACUUCUGCUGUUACAACGAAACAGAGAAACUCUCUUAGGACUUCCCCCUUUCUGAUCUGUCACACUUUUUUUUAUAGAAACAGCACGUUUAAAAUGGGGCUGGACGAUAAAUCGAAUUUACCGAAAUACAUCAUGAAUUCUGUAUAAACUGAGAAUAACUGGAAGUCCAGACGGCCAAUCAGCUCUCAGUCCAGUUGUCACAAACUGAAACCCGGAUCGACGACUGAUUCUCGUUACGUUCGGACGACUUUUACAAACGUUUAAAGCUUAAAAAUCUGAACAAAUUGGUUUGAUUUCUCAUAAAAACACGGCAAAAAGGAAAUGAGCAACUUGGCAAGAGAUGUUUCAAAAGAUUAAGGAAAACGGACAAGAAAAUGAACUGAAAAUUAAUUUAAA